UCUGAGUUGAAAUGUCAAAAAUGCUGUGAUGGAUUUGAUUGUUUGUUUGUGGAAAACUCGUUAGAAAGUAUUAAAAUGUCAUUAAUAUUAGAAUUGUAAACAUUUUUUUAGCUAGAAAGCAAUAUCUUUUUCAUCAGCCAAAACAUUUUCAAGAUAUAGUGGCAAUAUCCAUAUCCUAUAGUAGUUAGCCUUGAAGUAGGUGUCAUAUAAAUGAGUGUUGUUUAUUUAACAUUUUAGUGAUAUUAGUCGUAAUUUCAUGAUUAUAUGGCUCUGAUGUUCGAUUUAUGUUUUGCGACAAAUUGGAAGAGGCAUGUUUUACCCACGUAUUCGGAAGAAAAGUGCAAGUUUAGUAGUUCUCAGCUGGACAUGCCUAGCUGUAUUAUGCGCUGCCUCUACAGCACCUUGCGACAAAUCUCGUAGGGUUUUCACAGAACCAAGCGGAAUUAUUACUGAUGGCCCCAGUAACUCCAACUACACGCAAGAUUCACAUUGCGAAUGGCUUAUUAAAGCUGCAAAUAAAAGUCAGUACAUUACAUUAAGCUUCCUUCGUAUGGGAACGGAAUGUUCAUAUGACUAUGUAUUUGUGUAUGAUGGUGAUUCGUUUGAUGCUCCACUAUUAGGAAGUUUCAGUGGGAAAACAGAGCCACAAAAUGUAACCGCUUCAAGUGGAUAUAUGUUAAUAUUACUGUAUAGUGAUACAAACUAUGUGCUAGAUGGAUUCAGGGCUACAUAUGCUAUUCACAACUGUCCCAACAACUGUACUGGGCGAGGCUUGUGUAUGUCCAAUAAGUGCUUUUGUGUGGGUACCUGGGGUGGGCCUGAUUGCAGUGUAGAACUUUGUCCUAGUGGAUGCUCUGGAAAUGGGCAGUGUAAAGGUGACAGGUGUCAUUGUAAAAAAGGAUAUUCUGGUGAAUCAUGUUCCUUGAAACAUGCUGAUAAAGAAGGUAAUAGCUGGCAUUGGAUAUCUCACACUGAAAGUGGCAUGACAAAGAGAGCGGCCCACUCUGCUGUGUAUGUUAACCAAACGGACUCUCUAUAUGUGUUUGGAGGAUAUGAUCUGAAUAGAGUUUUAAGCUUAUUAGAGAUUUACAAAUUUUCUACUAGUCAAUGGUAUGACGAAAACGGAAAAGUAUUAAGACGUUAUCCUACCAAUGAAGAAAUUGAUAAAUCCUUAUUAACUUUAUUUACCAAGGGCAACAUCGAUGGCAGUUGGCAGAUUGGAAAUCGGAGUUCACUUUUUAAUUUGCUAUUAACUUCAUUUUCGAACCAUGACAAAACCACAUUACCUCUUAUGUAUACGCCCACAUCGACCCCAUACUCUGAAAGCUAUUUACAAUUUACCGAUCGUCCCGAAUUUCUUAGUUUGAAUAUCAAAUCUAAUUAUACCAAGCCCGAACCGAGGUACGGGCACUCUGCAUGUGCUUGCAAAAAUGGUUUUAUAUUGUAUGGUGGGAAGCUAUCAGACGGUAGUCUCUCUUCGGAGCUGUGGUAUUAUGACGCAGUGGCCAAUAUGUGGACGCUUAGAGCAGCGAACUCCACAUUCAGCCCGCCCGGCUUGACGCGUCACACCUUAACCGCCGUCAAGGAUGAAUUGUAUCUUUUCGGUGGAAGUACAGUUGACGGCGAAUUCUCGUCUAGCCUUUACAAAAUAAAACUGAGUGAUAAUGGUAAUGAAACAUGGGAGAAAGUUCAAGUUCGAGGUGGUAAGGAGCUGGACGUGCGCGUGGUCGCUCACACCGCGGUCUACCACCAGCACUCCAACUCUAUCCUGGUGUACGGCGGUGUAGUCGCGAGCGUCGCUCGGUUUUCCAAACUCUCUGAUCGAAUGUUCGCUUUUGACCUAGACUACAAGCAUUGGAGCGAAAUCCACUAUCCACGGGCUCAUUUGCGCGAUACCUACGUUCCGCGCGAGCGAGCUUUCCACACUGCGACGGUCAUCGGGAACUAUUUGAUUGUGUUCGGUGGAUACUCUCACCGUCAUAACAGAGAAGAAAUCUGCUACGAUGGACAAAUGUAUCUCUACCACCUCGGAUGUCAUUCCUGGAUACCGUUGGACGUUCUCGGCAAGACUCGCAAGUUUUAUCCUAAAAAGCAAGGAGUAUUCGCACACGCCGCUACGCUCAAGCCACCCUCUACUUUGUUAAUUGCCGGCGGUUAUCAUGGCAAUGUGAAUGGUGAUCUCCUAGCGUAUGUCGUGCCAAGUUGGCACGCCGGUAUUAUCGACAAGGAUCCAGAGUCUGCGUGCCCGAGACAUCGUACGCAGCCCGAAUGUCUCGCUGAUCCCGAGUGCGGGUGGUGUUCAGCUGAUGAUAUUUGCUAUGGAAGAACAAUAGGAUCGAAUUGUACCACUAAUUUACAAUCAAUACGAUGCGGUGGCAUCUGUCCAGCUCUUGGUGACUGUCAUUCGUGCCUCAUCCACGGUCCCGCCUUAGGAAAAAAUAGUUCUCGCACGCCACUUAUUUCCGUUAGCACUAAGUUAGGCUUGUAUCAAUGCAGUUGGUGUGUUCAAAAUGCUCGAUGUCACCAUAAAGACGAUAACUACGGUGUCUGUGGAGAAGAUACACCUUCUGAAAAUCCAGGCUGGUGGGGUACGACCGGUACAGAAGUGACAACUCCAGAUGAAUGCAAAAUAUUAGAUAAACGACCAGGCCUUACAUUUCUUAGAUAUCAGCAGCCUGCGGAUUGGAAUCAUCCGGAUGGUGUUUCUGUUGUGAAUGCGACGACUGUCGAUUGGGGUACAGGAGGGGGCAGUAAUCACAUAUUCAUCGGAUCUAGUGAAGCAAGGCUACGAGGCUGGCUACAUAUACCACAGUACUGGAACGGCACAGGAGAAACAUUACACAUGUGCGCCGGAUACUCCAACUUGUCACUCAACCUCGGAGAGAGCACGGAAUCCGUUGCUAAUUUGACAGCUCAACCUUCCGCUUGUUCCCCAAUAGACUGGCCAACUCUGCAGCCCGGCCGUCUCGCAAUAGAUAUGCACGCCAAUGACUCACUACAUACAGGCCUUUAUCCGUCCCAUCAUCACGCCAAAAUGGAAUUACAACACAAUAAAUCUCAAGAAAGCGCUAAGGCUUUCACAUUUGAGUUUCUGGAGCCCUACUCGAACGGUCAGUGCUCAAAUUACGACAAUUGCCUGCUCUGUCUCUCGGAUGCGGCAUGCGGGUGGUGCGAGCUGACGAAUCGCUGCGAGCAAAGAAACGUCGACGAGACGCAGACGUGCGCCGUCGACGGCGAAUGGAGGUACCUGACUCUGCUGCCCGCCGCGUGCCCCAACUGCUCCAACUACAUCAGCUGCGAGCGCUGCGUGUCGGGGAACUACUGCGAGUGGUGGGCGGACGAGGCGCGGUGCGCACGGCGCGGGCGCGCCGGCGGCGCCGUGGUGGACGCGUCGGAGUGCCCCGCGCCCUGCCGCAUGCGCCUCGACUGCGAGCACUGCCUCGACGAGCGCGGCCGCUGCGUCUGGUGCGAGGCCACGCGGCAGUGCUUCAGCUUCAGCGUCUACACGAGCGAGUAUCAGUUCGGCUUGUGUCGCGAGUGGCUCGAUCGCGCUUCGACGCCGGCCGACGAAGCGACUAGGAAGUCCGGUCAGUGCAAAUCGUGUCAGUCUCACGUGCAUUGUUCGACUUGCUUGCGCAGUAUGGGUUGCGGCUGGUGUCAUUCCCACGAGAAUCCGAUUAAUGGUAUGUGUACGGAGGGUGAUUUUACCCGUUCGCACGUGGAUUGCGCUUCCCUACUGAAUGUGACUUCGACGGACGCGGGGUGGGCGUACGCACAGUGUCCGGACGUGGAUGAGUGUGGGCUGAGACUACACGAUUGUCACGAAAAUGCCGUGUGUAACAACACGCACGGGUCGUAUACUUGCAAAUGUAAACAGGGAUAUAUAGGAGAUGGGAAAAAAAGUUGCAUGCGAACUUGUUAUAAUAACUGUAUUCACGGAUAUUGUCUGGGUGCUCCACAGUACAAAUGUCACUGUGAUUUGGGUUGGACGGGAGCCGAUUGUUCGAUUAACUGUGGAUGUCACAAUCACUCGACAUGCAGAACGGGUGUAGGUCGAUGUGAUGAAUGUCAAGACUGGACCGAAGGUGAAUUUUGUGAAUCAUGUAAGCCCGGUAGCCACGGCAAUGCGACUGCUGGACAAGGAUGUCGACGUUGUGAUUGUAACGAUCAUGGUGACGAGACCCGGGGUGUUUGUGACGUGGCUACAGGUGAAUGUAUUUGUAAAGAUAACACCGAGGGUCAAAAUUGUGAACGUUGUAAACCCAAAUUUUAUGGAGAUCCCCGCCACGGAGGCAGAUGCUAUUAUCAAUGUGAGCCCAGAGGAAUGUUAAAUGCUUCGCAAACUGAAGGCAUUGGUUCCUAUAAAAUCGAUCCAGAUAUAAAAAGUUUAGGACCCGCCAAGGAAUGUCUAUGGAUUAUAUCAGCUGAAAAUGUAAAAGAUGCCAUUAUACAAUUUACAGUAAACUCGUCAACGUUCAAUGUGCCAUGCGACCAAAAUGCAGUGUACGUGUAUGAUGGUUUGGGCGGUGUGCCAGAUUUAAGUAACAAUCAACAAAGUCAACUUUUGGGUGUUUUUUGUAAUGGGGCCUCUUCAGGUGUCGUAGAAGCUCGAAGUGGUAAUUUAACGGUUCAUUAUAAACAGAGCCAACCUGAGCAAGGAUUUGAGGGCGUUUACAAUGUUUUGGCCUGCGAUGGAUAUUGUUCUUGGCCCAGAAUAUGUAAAAACAGGCAUUGUAUUUGCAGAGAAGGCUUCGGUGGAUAUGAAUGCAAUGUAGAAAUAUGUCGUAACAACUGUAGUAUACAUAGUAAAGGUGGAGUGUGUGACACUAGCUAUGGACGAUGUCUUUGUAACGAGGGGUAUGGGGGCGAUGAUUGCUCUCUUAAACUGGAUAAAUCACAACUUGUAUUCACGGAACUUUUCAAUUCGGAUUUUCUCUCAGACGGCUUAGAUCAUUUGAGGAAAACCCUACCCAGAUUUGGACACAGUCUAGUAGCAGAUAGACGAGGUUUAUGGAUGUUUGGAGGCUACUCGCUUUCGCAUGGACCUUUAAAUGAUAUAAGAUUUUAUGAUACAAAAAAUAACACUUGGAUGCAAGUAAACGUAGACGCUACACCUGAUCCAAAAAUGCCUGAAGGUCGAUACUUCCACGCAGCUGAAAUCUACCAUUCCAAACAAAAUAUCUAUAUUUUUGGUGGCCUCAGUCUACAAGAAAAAAGUGGUCAAAACAAAACAUUAAGAGAUUUUUGGCAGUUUAGUUUAAAGGAGCGUCGAUGGAGUCAAAUCAAAAGUAAAGAAGAAUCUCCUCCACCACUUGCUGGACAUACAUUAACACUGCAAAAAUAUCAGGAUUACGAAAGUCUCGUCCUGAUUGGCGGUUUUUCCUUAGAAGAAGGAUUUAUGACAGAUAUGUGGGAAUUCGAUUUGGAUAAUGACAAAUGGAUAAAAUUGAGUUGUGGUGGAUCCAAACCAGUCGGAUUAAUUGGCCAUAGUACGGUUUAUCAUGCCCCUUCUCAAAGUCUAUAUGUUUUCGGAGGAAUACUGUACAUGUAUAAUGGAACUAUAAUAUCAAAUAAACUAUUUUCGUUCCAUUACCCAUCAAAAAACUGGAGUGAAUUACCAACGUUUCCAAGUUUAAACGGCCACGACAACUUACCAAGAGCAACGUAUUUACAUUCAGCUGUUACAACAAAUGAUUAUAUGAUCGUAUUUGGUGGACGAACGAUUCCGGAUAAAAGAACAAAUAAACUGAUUGCUUAUAUUUACAGUUGUAACCAAUGGGUUAAGCUUUCCAAAGGUCCAAGUGUCCUCGAUCAUCCACCACCACGAACGAUAGCACAUGCUAUGGCUAUAGACAUGGAGUCAGAAAGUGAUUGGAAUAUUUAUAUCGUAGGGGGCUGGACUGGAAGUGCCAACUGUCAAGUUACUCGUGUUACCCUGCCCGAUGAUUUAUGUUCGUUAUGGAGCGCUAGUAAAAUUGAGUGUAGAAGUCACAUGGGCUGCAGUUUCUGUAGCACGGGAGAUUAUAAAAAAUGCUAUUCUGUAGAUAAACCGGGAUGUGAGGGUGGUGAUAGAAUUUCCACUAACGCGGGCGCAGCUUGUGAUGCGGAUUUAGUGGCAAGACGCCCGUGUGAAAAUUUUACUUCAUGCGUGUCUUGUUUGGCUGCUUGGCCAUUGUAUCCGGAAGAAAAACCGGCUUGUCGGUGGUGCGAAACGUGUGCUGCAGGAAUUGGUGAAUGCGUGCCAACAGACGAAUCUUGUAUAAGUAUAAAAUGUAAUGCUGGAACCACAUAUAUCAGUGAUUCAGCUCAGUGUCCAGAACUAAGAUGUGUAGCACCAGACUGUGACAAAUGUGUCUCGAAUCAAUGUUCUUGGACACGGCUAGCGAAUCGAGGAGCGCAAAUAACAAGAAUAACAAACGAUCCAUUAGAGCUUUAUAACUGGACUUGCGCUAUAAUAGAAGAACCAGGACGCGCGAGUUUACGUGCACUCUCACCGAAACUAGUACAUUCGUAUUUUGGAGUUACUAAAGAAGAUUGUCCUAGUCGAUGUCACCUGUACGACGAUUGUCAGUCCUGUCUCAAUUCAGAAGGAGCGGAAGGUGGCUCUUCCGAAUGCCACUGGGCAAGCUAUCUCGGCACUUGUAUUUCCCCAUCGUAUCAGCCGUUGUAUUGCGCGGGCGGCGUAUGUGGAUUAGUUUUAACCAAAGCAGAUAAAAAUAAAUGUCCAGCGCCUUGUGGUACUUUCGAACAAUGUACCGAAUGUCUCCAUCAUUCUCAUUGUGGCUGGUGUGCACUGGAAGGAGCGAACGGGGAGGGCGUCUGUACUGAGGGAUCCAUCGAAUCUCCAUUGGAAUAUUCGUCUCGAACGACUUGCGCCGCCGUAUACUCUAACGUCCACCAAACAAACGAGACGAACGAUACGUUUUCCUGGCAUUACACUCGCUGUCCACCUGAAAAUGAAUGUGAAAAUAAUCACCAUCAAUGUAAAGCAGAAUCCGAGGUAUGCCGCGACUUGCCGACGGGCUACGAGUGCCAGUGCGGCGCGGGACACAAGCGUGUGGGCGGCGUGUGCGCAGCCGUGUGCUCGCAGGGCUGCGUGCGCGGUCUGUGUGUGCAACCCGACCGCUGUCGCUGCGACUUCGGAUACGUGGGCGCAAACUGCACUAUACAGUGUCAGUGCAACGGACACUCGCACUGCGAGGGUCCUGAUAAGCUGGACGUCUGUACGGAGUGCCACAAUAAUACUAUGGGUAGCCAAUGUGAAAAAUGUAAGCCGAAUUUCGUAGGCGAUCCUACGGACAACGGUCAGUGUAUCCCGUGCUCAGUUUUCUGUCACGGUCACACCUUAGUAUGUACGAACGACGCCGACGUAUCGCUUGUACGGGACAUAAACAGCGCCGAUUUGGAAGAGUAUUACCGGGAAGGAGCGGCCAAGGCGCGAUGCGUGCGCUGCGCGAACAACACCGACGGACCUCGCUGCGAACGUUGUAUCGAAGGAUACUUCAGGGGAUCAGAAGAUUUUCGAGAUCCGUGUCGACCAUGCGAGUGUCACGGCCACGGGGACACGUGCGACCCGGUGACGGGCGAGAAGUGCAAUUGCGGCAACAACACGGAGAGCGACGCGACGUGCCAGACCGCCAGCUCCAGUAAAAACUCUGCGCAAGAGUGCUGGCGCUACCAGUGCGUCAAAUGUCGCGACCUCUACAUGGGAGACCCGCGCAACGGACACCAGUGCUACAAGACUAUUAAUAUUGAGAACAAGCUAUGCUUCGACGGAAAAUCUAUAGAUGAGUGCAAAAUCAAACCUCGUCCACUGUAUCCGGGUCAGACGGUCUUCGUAGCUGUCAAUCCCAGAUAUAUGAACGUCGAUAUACGUGUUAUAGUUGAUGUCACUCAAGGCGCGGUGGAUUUGUACAUGAGCCCUAAUGAUAGUUCCUUCGUGGUUUCGGUAAAUUCGAGUACAGGGGCUCAUGCGGUAGACCUGGAUCCGACUUAUUACAAACACGAACCGUUCCGGAAAAUGCCAUCUUUCGACGAUCAUGUACCGGAAAAACCUGGAAAAACUACUUGGUACUACGACAAAACAGAAUAUUCUCUUGCCGAUUUCACAGCUAAAGAUCUCGCUACGUAUGUGACUGUAGAUAAGAGGAAUGUGUUACUUCGCGUCAAGAAUCUACGUAACCGCCUCGUUCUGACUUUACCACAGAACGUCCACGAUUUGACGCAUACGAAGUUUUACAUUAUUAUUCGAGCGACACACUUCGAAGAUGGCUUAGCGAGUUUCGGUGUAACCUUCUUUCGCCAGGAUCAACUGCAUAUAGAUCUGUUUGUCUUCUUCUCGGUAUUUUUCUCCUGCUUUUUCCUUUUCUUGGCGGCGUGUGUCGUGGCAUGGAAGGCAAAACAAGCUGCCGAUGUUCGUAGAGCAAGAAGAAGACACGUCGUAGAGAUGCUGCACAUGGCGAAGCGGCCUUUCGCGGCGGUGCGCGUGGUGCUGAACGGCGGCGCGUGGGGCCGCCGCCGCCGCGCCGAGCUCCGCCCCGUCGCCAUCGAGCCCACCGCCGACGGCCGCGCCGCCGUCACCUCGCUGCUCGUCAGGCUGCCGGGCGGCGGGCGCGCGCCGGUGCGCAUGGCGCUGGCGUCGGCGCUGGUGCUGGUGUCACGCGGGCCGCCGCCGCGCAUGCGCCCGCGCCCGCGCCGCGCACUACCUACUCGCCGGACCGACUAAUUUUUUUCUGAAUAUUUUCUCAUUAGGGUUUUUGUCUAAUUCUACUUUGUAGGUAGCACGGUGGUAACUAAUAUAAUAGUAUAUGAGUCUCGCUAAUCGAGAUCUGGAUAGACGAUAAGAUUCGAGUCGGGAUUGUUAUUUAUUCACUCGAAUCGUCUCGGUGUGGAUAGGUGGAGGUAAUUAGGGAAUGUGAUGUGUGUGUUUAAAUAAGUAGUUCUCGAUCUGAAUCUAUAAAGUUCCACCAGACCGAACUAGCUAUUGGAUUUUUAGCACAUAUUAACAUAUAACGCAAUAAUAUAUAGAAUUUAUCCGAGUCCUGAGAGUAUAUAUAAGAAUAGUUUUUGUUAAAGGUUAUUAUUAUAAAUAAGUUUCGUUAUUGGUAUUUUAGUUAUAAAGUAAGAAUGAUAGUUGAGUUAAAAGAUUGUUUACAAUUGCAAUAAGAUCUGCUACAAAACCUUUAUUUUUAUUAGGAGAAAAGGUAAUUAAUGAAAUUUAAAAAAAUAUGCGUAUUUUACAACGUAUACUUUUUCUUCAUUUUAGGUAUCUACUAUUUAAAAUAGUUGUAUUUGUAAAUAUGCCAUAUUGAUUCGAAGAGAGCCAAAGGAAUCAAAAUUUAGCGUGAAUUGAGCGCGGGUUGUAAUUGGCCAAUAGUCGCCGAAGCUGUUGUGUUAUUCAUUUCGAAAUUUUAUUAUGUGAUGUUGAAUGAUAGUUACGUUAUGGCUUGUUAUUUCUAAAUGUUUUAAGCAGCUAAUCGUCCCUAUGAAUUUUAUUUAGAUAAAUAGAGAUAUAUUGUAUUAAAGCUAAUUUUAAUUGUAUUUUCUUGAUAAUGCAAGCUUAUAAGUCAAACACUCUUUUCUAAGUCUUACUAAUGAAUCUCUUUUUGAUAGGAAUGUAUUUCUAAUCAAAUACAUAAUAUAAUCUUCAAUUAUAAUUAGUUGCCACUUCAUAAUAUUCCUCGGUGAACUCGCUCUGAGAAUAUUGUGAGUGUUCAAAUUUAUAAAUAAUAUUAUCUAUUUUAUUUAUUAUUAAUAAAAUCAUUCAGAGGACCAUCCAAUGGCAAUGUUACCCAUUUCAUAUGAACUAUUGUUUCUUGUUGUCGUAUUUAAUUGUAUUUAUUUUAUAUUUUUUAAAUAAUAUUAAUAUGUAUUAAGUCAUUUACUAAUUUGCUCAAUUUAUUUAAAAUCUAAAUUUAUAAAAAAUCACUACUCAUAUUUCUAUGUUUUGUGUUUAAAUUUAUUUGGUAAAAUAAUUAUUUAUUACACAAACAUUUUUGGUCCUCUUUUGUGAUUUUAAAUUAUGAAAUCGUAAAUGUUUUAUUUUUUAUUUUUAGCAAUCAUUUUGUACCUUUUAUUGCACUUGAUGACGAUUUUUUGAUUAUUAUACGAAUUUUAAUAAAUAUGCUCAAGAAUUGCAAGCCGUUGCUAAUUACGUGUAAUACAUUGAUUGUAUAUUUUAAUUAAAAAAUGACAAUCUUAAAUCGAUUCGUUCGAAAAUCUUUCAGAAAUUUUAAUAUUUUAUUAAAUUAAUAUUUAUAUAAUUAUUCGUGGCAAAACAUGCAUUGCAUGUAGCUCCUAAAUAUGAAUUGCUCAUUGGUAAUCGGCAGUAUUGUGGAAAUUAAUAAUCAAUUAGUCGGUGUAUAAGUAGAAUCAUGUUAUGGUUUAAUUUAAGGUAAAAUAUAACUAUUAGGCAUAAUUAUAUAAGAGAGUACUGAUAUUGUUAUUAAUAUUUGAGUAAGAUAUGUGUGAUCAAAUAUUAUACCCAUAAUGGUAUAAAAAGUCCAUAAAACAUUCCUUUGUAUAUCCCUGUACAUACAGUUUAAAUAAGGAUAUAAAAUAUAUAUAUAUUGAGUGUAAAUCGGGCAUCUAAAAGCUUUAAGGAUGUUAUUCUAGGAAAAUUGAUUGCUCAUUAUUUCAUUAUACAUUUUUUUAUAUACUAUUUAAUGCAUUUAUUUAUUAUAAACUUGCGAUUGGUAAUUAAUCUUUUCUUUUAUAUUAGAAUGAAUUAGUUAAUGUGAUUAUUGUCCUGUGAUUCAGGUAUAAAAAAUAUAUUAUAAGAAUGAAAAUUGUUUAUGAAUACUGCAUUGAUCUCUGUUGCUGACAUGUUAAAUGUCAGUACAGUUUGCAUAAUAAUUAACUAUCACAAUAUAUUUACAUGCUUUAAACUUGUAUAAAAUAUGAAAUGUAUUUUAUUCAAGAGAGUAUUUUUCGUAAUAAAAUAUAUCACAAGUGUCAUAUAUCUAAGACAUUAAUUGAAUCUUUGUAUAAAUAGUUACUAUCUAGUGAAGUUCUUACCAAAGGGAAAUUGUUGUCAAAUGAUAUAAAAUUAUAUCCAUAGAUGAAAAAUACUUAAACACAAUGAUAACAGGACCCUCCUAUAAGUUUAUUUUCAUCAAAAAAUAUUAUUUUCAUUUAUAAAUGUAUUUUUGAAUAAUGGUAUCUAUAUCUCGAAAGGCCUUUUUUACUAUGAAAUUAGACCUAAAAUUAUCGUGUCUAUGGCACAAAAACUUUCGAAUUAUAUGUUUUCAUAAUGCCCCACCUUUUAUAAUAAAUACUAAAAAGUAGACAUCAUUUAUGUUUACGUAUUACCAUGUAGAUUAAUGACAAUUGUUCAGCUGAUUAUAUAUGGCAUAUAGUAAAUACUGCAUAAAAUAAUAUGUGUUAAUACUAUCAACACAACAUUUAUGCAACUUUAAAUCACAGAGAUUAUUGAUUAGGUAUUUAUAUUGCCCAAAGUAUUUGAUGUGAAAUUAUAGUAGGUAAAUUAUUAAUAAACAUUUCAAUUGUAAUUGGAAGUUAAUAAUUACGUCAUAUAUAUAUAUACACAGUGAGUCAGUACAGAAGACACAUGAAAAUAGUGAUAUAAUCUAUAUGAAACCAUAAGUAAUUUCUUGUCCAGAAUUGUCUUACUAACAAGAGGAAUAAUCUCAAAAUAUAAACAUAUCUUAUGUUUUGUUCUUGAAUAUAGAAAUAUAUUUUUUAUGUAAUGGUUGGUUCUGAUUUUGAUUGUUACAAGACUUUUUUUCGUGUAGCUAAUCAUAGCAACUAUUAUCUUUUAUAACUUUUUCUAUUCCUUAAUAACUAUGUAUAAUAUAAACCUGUAUAUAUCAUUAUUAUUGCAAAUAAUGCACAAGGAUACAUCAGUUUAACAUUAUGUUCAAUUUACAUAGUAAAAUUGUUUUGUUUUUUUUUAAAUUUAAUGAUGAUGUUGUCAUGUAUAAAUAAACAUUAAAAUAUAUUUAUUGCCAUUUUUACCUACUUGUACAGUAAUUAAAAUUUGUUAUUCCAUUUCCAUGACAAUCCCAACUUAAUCAAUCCAUAACAUGUCAGAUACAAUUGUAUCUUUAAUAGUAUAUAAUGGCAGUAUUGUUUGUGUGUAUGUAAGCAAUAUGUAUUUUGGUUAAAAUAAAAAUAUACUGUUGGUUGUAAA